AUGGAAUCAUUCAAGACGACCUUUGUCUUCGGUGAGUACUUCGUACGUUCACAUCAUCUUCUCUUAUGAUUUGUAUUCCUUCUUGAAAAUGAUAAAUUCCUAUAAUCGGCCAUCAAACAGUGUUUGGGCCCAAUCUAUUACUGUAAAUUGAUUUAUUACGUCGGCAAUGUUGAAGAACGAGUUUGAACUGCAUCUGCAUGUUAUAAUUCCGUUCAUCGGUUCAUGAUCGAGGUAUACUUUCGUACGCAAUCAACAAUCUCAAAGACAAAACUGAUAGGAGAAUAUUAAUAUAGUAUAAUUCACUCGCUAGACAUAACUGCUAUGCUUGAAUACAAGUUGAGUCAGUUGACUGCUUGUACGCGGCUGUAGUAAAUGUGCAAAUUUUAUACUGAUGUACGGAUGUAUACUGCCAUACAUGUACAUGUAUGGCAGUCUAUCAGUAUGGAGCCCUCGUAUUUCAGUAAUAUGUAGUAUUCGCAUAACUUUUGCUUUAUCGGCUAUUAAUGUUUAUUAUAUACAAAUCAAUUCAAACGAACUUCAAGGCGAUUUUGCUGGAUCUCACAAUGUAUUAAGAUGUCGACCUGUUCAAAGUAUUAAGCGGACCUGUUUAGUUGCGAUUUAAUUUUCUCCUCUUGCUGAUGAGAGAAUAUAGCUAAUUUCGCUGAAAAAAGUUAGGAUCGAAUUACUCUUAAUGAUCGAAUUCCAAUCAGUUAAAGGUAAUUUCUCUCUGCAGAUAGAGAUGUUCAUGAUCAACCCUUCGACAUUCCUUCAUUCAAUAUUCCAUCAACAAAAAAUGAAAACUGGAAAGGUAAGACAGUUAAAAGUUGAUUACAAAUCUUGUGCACAUCAUAUAUAAUUUAAAAGUUAAAUUAAAGCAGUGUUUACUAUUACAACUUAACAGCGAGUGUUUACAACUUCCGCCUAAUUAAACGCCUGACACGUCUUGCUAAUUCACAGAACAUCGCGAUUAUCUGCAGCUCUUGCAUGUGCAUGUAGUCGGUUGUUCAAAGAAGAAGAUUAUUGACAGUGUGUUGUGAUAUAUACCAGUUUCUUGCCAGCAGGGUGUUGUAUGAAUUAAUUCAAUUCUGUUGCAUGUGGCAAAUGCUUCUUAUUAACAACGGAAAUUCCAUUCAUUAUUCGCUCUGUUGAUCUGUUGAACGUCGGUGUUUUGACGUUGUACACCAAUUGCUUGCCGCCGUAUAUCGAGCUAGCUAUAUAGCAUGUAUUUCAACUAUAUUUUUAUAUCUUUAAUUUAACCGUUUAUUUCAAAUACUUUAACCUAAUAUUCGCUAUAGUCCGGCAUUAAGCGCCAACUAGAAAUAAAGUAUUAACUGUUUAAUCCUGCCGGCUGAAUGCGCACGACAACUAUAACAUUUCUCUACAAGGUUUUAUAAGUUAUUUCUAGUAUUUUACAUUUCUAAACCGGGCAAAAUGACUAAAGUAAAGACAAAUAAAUGUUGUGUUUAAAUAUAUAAAACCAUCAAGGGAAUCUACGGCAUCGAUCUAUUCACACUCAUAUAUACGUUUAUAUAUGCAUGCAUUGGCUGCAGCACACAUGCAGUCGGCUACAAAUUCCAGGAAAAUGAUAGCAUGUAUACAUGCAUAUUCAGUUCUGCGAGCGAUCUAACUAGAAGUUAAUUGACAAUACGUAUAAAUGUAAAAGACGUUUUCCAUGUUUCGUCGUUCCCCGUUUCUAUGGUUUAUGCAAACAAGAAGAUGGUUUGGGAUAAGCUUGAGCCUUGAUCUCGAGAGCAUCUGUAUGGAAACCUGAGAUUGCAGAUCAAGGAUUUCACCCUUCUCGAUUGUUCUCCCAACAGAAAAUACUGUAUUUCUUAAAUUAAACAAAAAAGUCAGUUUCCACUUCGCUGACAGAAGAUUGUCAAUGUUGUAUUUAACUUUUCACAGAAGUAGUCUUUGUUGAUUAUGCAUAGCCUACGACGAAACAAAUUUUUCGCUUGUUAAAAAAUUUAACUAAAUGCAGGGACGAUGUACGUAUUUCUGUAGGACAGCGAAAAUCACCAACAUGAUUCCACGUCAAAAGGGCAUCGACUUGGCUUGGUGUACAUUAUUCAACGGGGUUAGAAUAAAACGCUGAUACGGACGGAUGGCGACGGACGGAUGACUUAUCUUCUCGUUGACAUAAUUUAAAAACUUUUUUCUGGCUUUAUAAGUCAUAUCCGCGCUUUCAAGUUUUAUCAAAAAAACGUUUUCGUGUCUUUAUAAGUCAUACCCUGACAAAAAGGAUCCUUCCUAUUGCGUAUCAUUCACAGAUUCAAACAAAUACCUUUGUUUGCGUUAAAGUGCAUAUGACAUGAAAUUAAAUUUCUUAUUUUCUUAAAUGAAAGAACUCUUUAAGUUGUAGUGUAACUUAUUUUUCAGUUUCUAGUUUUUAUGGUUUGUUCCAGAGAUAUUGCAAUUUGUUUGAUAUGUAAAUGAGUGUGAAUAUGUCCGCUAAUUUAUGACGCGUCAUGUUGGUUGCAAGCUCUUCAAAAUGGUUGAAUAUCACUGCUAUUAUCCAAGAUGAUAAUUUCAAACUUCACUCACUUGUAAAUGUGAUGAAACACUGGAGAAAAACGUGAACAGGUAUCUGCAGUUUUUAGAGUUAAUAGAUUUAUAACCAGUGUAAGUUGAGCUUGCAACCAACAUGACGUCAUAAAUUAGCGGACAUAUUCACACCAUUUACAUAUCAAACACAUUGAAAUAUCUCGGGAACAAACCAUAAAACAAGAAACUGAAAAAUAAGUUACACUGCAGCUUAAAGAGUUCUUUCGUUUAAGAAAAUAAGAAAAUUCAUGUCAUAUGCACUUUAAUUAAAGCUACAUUCUGUAUUAUAUCAACAUAAGAAGACAACCCACUGAUGCAUUACAUUACAGCGGUCAACACUUUUUUUCCAAAAGGAGGGUGGGUUAGUUGAUUCGGGCCCGCGAGUUCGCUUCACUACGUCCUUUACCCUUCUGGCAAACUAUAUCAAAUACGGUUGUCAAAAUGAGCAAUAAUAGCUUCUCGAGCAUUGUUUUGCUCGUGUGAAUAAACUUAUAAAACCACAUCUUUCGCUUUACGCAGCAUUCAACGAUUAUUAAGGCUUUUAAAAUUAAGAGGAUCUACGGACUAUAGCACUCACUGAACUAUACACAUUACUGGAGGACGCGCUCUGCAUAAAAAAGCUGCGCCAAAAAACAGCGGAUUUUCGCCUUUGCCGCCGCGAGCAUGACGUCACUGGCUCUAAUUGGUAGUUAUCACUGACAAACUGUCAUCCCGCGAAUUUUCAAUGUGCAUUAUUUCGAAAUAUUUUGUUUUUAAUUUUGUUGAAAUAUUUUACUAUUUCCCUCCCAGCUUGCGUAUUUUUCAACGUUGAAAAUUGGUUUUAACACUGUUUGUGGAUGCCACAAAUAGCUAGAGCUAUUAAAACUUAGACAUUUUAAUAAAUUUAUACUAACUAUUAUGUGUGAAUUUAUUCAUUUAUUAUAAUUUAUUAUUUUAACUAUUCUGUUUUAAUUUCGUGAUUACACACCGGUCUCCAACUUAAAAUUGCGAAAUUAAUACUAGUAAUAUAAUUUUUGUAUUUUUCUUUUACUUAUUCUUAUUAUCAUCUUAAAUUAAAACGGUAGCAUCCUUGCCACCUCUUGACGGAUCGACGUGUUUAUAUUUGUCAGGAAACACUUCUUCAAUUAAAUUUUUGGGCCAUUAACCAUCGAAACACUUUCCUGAUUAAUCAAAUUAAAUCAACAACUUGAACAUUUCUCUAAGAGCGAAACCAUUCCUGUCGUUCUUGCGGGAUCUGUAAAUGUUACUUGAACCACCUCUUCCAAACAACAUUUGCAAGGUAUUGCCACUGUUUCCAACGUUUUCUGUAUGGAACAAGAUUACCGAGUUCUGUAGAUGGUAGACAGGAAUUAGGUCGUAACAACAAUAACUGACUAGGGGUAAAAGGAUCAAGAUCAUUGGGCUUUACUCGUUACAUGAAUCAACGGCCUGUCCUUCAAGAUUUUCUCCACUUCAGUUCAAAAGGGUUUCAUCGUUUACCAACUGAUUACCUAAUAUCGAGAGUAUUUUCCGUAUCGAGCGGAUCCUUCGUUCCCAUACCCUUCCUUUAUAAUUAAUUCUUGUUUAGUGGACACAGAGACACCAUUUACUAUGUCAGUACAGGUUUCAACCCUGACACCCUUGUGUAAAAUAGCAUACCCAUUGUCACGUCAGACAAUGAGUCUGACACCAUCGACUCUGAGUUCGACUUUGUACGCAUGUUAACAGAUUAUAACUGAAGCAUAAUAUCAGACAUCACAUUUUAACCGAUGGUCCCCGACCUUUGCGCAGGCUCGGUGCCUUGCUCCAGAAAAGUCCGCUGCUGCCAAAGCGGAAUUCGAUCGAAUGAUAGCUUCUGGACUAUACAGGCCUUGUCGAGCAACUGGGCUUCAACUCUCCAUAUAGUUCCUAAGUCUAAUGGUGACUGGCGUACUUGUAGUGAUUAUUGUGCCCUCCACGCAGCCAGCAAAACAGACCGCUAUCCGGUUUCACAUGUUCAAGAUUUCUCUGCUUGUCUAGCAGGUUGAUCAAUUUUCUCAAAGACUGAUCUUGUCCGUGCCUACCAUCAGAUUCCCGUUGCACCAGAGGAUAUUCCAAAAACAGCAGUUGUUACUCCAUUUGGUCUCUUUGAAUUCCGGCACAUGCGCAUGCCAUGCGCCUGAUGGAGUGUAGCCUGCAUGGCAGGCGGUUCCUAAAAUUGGGCAAGCCUGGGAAAUACCGCCUGCUGGGUUUGGCAGUGUAAUAGAAUUCCCCGUCCAUCAGUGGACGGGAAUUGAUGAUUGGCUGCGAGUCUGAGCCGCUGUCACUCAAAAGUUAAUACACUUUAAUAUGUAAACAUACGUUUAACACUUUAAUGAUACAUGCGUUCGCUUUAAUCUAACCGUGCUUUAAUUAAUAGCUGUUGUAAAACUGAACGCUUCUCGAAAGUCGAAACGCGAACUGAUUGUCUAACGCGAGCAAGAGAUAGCAGUUAAAGAUUUACUCCUUGGAAAGAAAGUUUUGGCCGUUCUAUGGGAAAAGCUUGAUUUUUACAUCGUUCUUGUUGGCGCGAGAAAAUAUAACGAGAAUAGAUACAGACGGCCGUGUAAUCUUUCUUGCAACGGGUUUUAUAACAGGACUAUUACGCGUAGGCCUAUUAGCCGCUUCACUUUCUGAACGUUUUAAGGCUUUCGUUACCACACGGCUUCGUUAGGGAGACGAGACAGUUCAUAUUAGCAACUGAGGUUUUUAAUAUACAACUGUCUAUUUGUUCGAACGUACACAGGCAACGCGAACGUACACAGGCAAUCAGUUCGCUUGCAUUUCGGAUAUUUCGCUCACGCGGUUUACAAACUCGGUCGGAUAGUUCCGAGGUAGAAUUAACUUCGAUUCCUAAAUGAAGUGAACCGGCAAUUCGGCUUAUUUCGGCCAAGGUUUUGCCACUGUCGUAACGUUUCUUUUGCUUGCCUAAAAUAAAUAUUUUUUUCGACGAUAUAUAUGAAUAUAAGAUAUUUUCUCUAUUGCCCCAUAUUUUAGUUUCAAAGCACACUUAAUACGCAAACGACAAGUCGUUUACAUUUUCCGCGCUUGCUUUUCUACCUCUUGUCAUUAUUCAGAGGUCCUGAUUGAAACUUUCAAUGGCGUUUCUUUCGACAUAUUUUUAUACAUUUGCAAUUUUGCAACCAAACAAUAACAUAGUUAUUAAUCCCCGAGCCGACGGCGCCAAGCGCCGUGCGAGGGUACUAAUUCCCCCCCGGCUAUUUACACCCGGGGAAACGAAAGCAUUAGCGAAGUCUAAAGUUCAUCAAUUAUCGCGGGUGUGACCAACGAACGACGAUCUUGAGUGGGUGGUCAUCCUCACUGAUCUAAAAAAUAUGGCGGACUGGCAUGGAUAGCGAACACUGAUUGGUCAAAUUUAAAAGUUGUUGUUGUAUGACAAAUGACGACUUCAACUGACAGAUACUUCAUGAAAAUAAUUUUCUUUUUGCACUACAGUAUUUUUUACGUUUGAUUUUGACAGCUUUCAAAGCAAUUUGUUCUAUGAAAAAGUUAAUAAAACAAUUACGGUAUCAAAUACCAAUUGACAAUAUAUGAAGCCAAAUGAAAAGCGGCAAGGAAACGACAAGAAAGCCGAGCGUCUAGCGAAAAGGAGGGAGCGGAGACGACAACGUUUGCUCGAUGAGACUGCUGAGGAAAGAGAAGCUCGCCUGGGAAAGCGUAGAGAAGCAUGGAAAAAAAGACUGCUGAAGCGAAAGAUAAGCAAAGGCUUGUCUUCACAACGCUAUGUACCAAUGAUACUGUAACUAUACAAGUUGAAGUAUGAUAUUCGACUCUCUAUAUUCGACUAUUUCUUCACAAUUUUCCAAUAAAGAGUUUGUCAUGACACGCUCAAGUCAGUAUAACCAGACUUUAUUUUAUUUAUAUCAAUUAUCACAGCCACAGGCAAUUUUAUGCUCUAAGUUCAUCAAAUAUCGCGGUCGUGGGUCACUGUGCGUGGGUGGUCAUCCUCACUGAUCUCAAAAAUAUGGCGGACUGUCAUUAAUAGCGAACACUGUAAUUGGCCCAAUUUAAAUUUUGCAUUAUAACGACCAUAGAGAUUAUAAAUAACACUAGAGGAGGCAUUGUAAUCUUAAUUCAAUCAAAAAGAGGGAACGCAGCUAUUGGGGGGCAAAUUCAAGUCCCGAAUGUGUAUUCACGUUCCCGCAUUGGUGACGAGUUUCAAAUCAGCCAAUGAGUGCACGAUUUUAUAUCCGGGACUUGAAUUUGCCCCCCAUUAGCUGCGUUCCCAAUUUUUAACGUUCGAUACCUCCUCUAGUGUUAUUUAUAAUCUCUAUCAUAACGACUGCAUGACGACAACGAAAUAGCAAACAUUUCUUGAUUUGAUGAUUAAUAAAUUUCUUGCAAAUAUAUUUCAUUUUUGCCCGCAUUUUCGCAAGAUUUUGUAAAUUUCAAGAUAGAAAGGGCGAAAGAACGGCUAAAAGAAGGGAGCCGACGUUAACGAAGGUAAGUUUGUUUUAAAUAUUGAUUUUAUAAUUGCUUUAAAACCCGACGGCCUUUGCGUAUAUAAAACAACUAAACAAGACAGCAUACAAUUUCAUUGUAUCUUUAAUAUUGAUUCCCUUUUUUUAUUAUAUUGAAUUUUUUAAAUAAAUAAAAAAGAAAGAAAAGUUAUUUGCAUGCGAGAAUUUGAAAUCAUAGUUUUAUUGCAAACUCAAAGUUUAUCGAUAAAGCCAUUUAAUUAAAGGCAGUUUUUAUAUAGUUUUAUAAAAAACACUUUAAAACGUUUUGCGAAGCGUUUGUGGUUGAAUUUUACCUUAAAUUGAAGCUUAUACUACGUAUAAUAUCAUACCAAUCAUAUAUAUGUUGGGAAAUUGAUAAAUUUGUAAUUAAAAGUGAUAUAGGCGAUUUUUCAUUUGUAAGAAUAUUCUUAAAAAAUUAUCGUGUUACCAUAACAACUACUUUACAUACUUCAUGUUUCGAAAAUAUAAUGGUUUUGUCAGUAAGGCGAGGGUUUCUGCAUGCAUGUAUUUUCUAGUAUAUUUAGUGUUUGCUGAUUGGCUAAUUGGAUCCGGACAAAAAAGUGGGCGGUUAUCAAAUUACACUGCCAAACCCAGCAGGCGGUAUUUUAAACCGCCUGCCAUGCAGGCUAGAUGGAGUGUGUCGUGGUCUUGAUUUUCUGUUUGUCCAUAUAAAUUAUAUACCUAUUUUUCUGUUCCACUGCGAAGAAACACCGCAACCAUCUCCGCCAGCUUUUCAAGCGACUACACCAGUAUGGGCUUGUGACCAAUGCUACCAAAUGUGUAUUAGGACGUUCACAGCUUUCCUUCUUAGGCCAUCUCAUUACCGCGAUAGGUUUCUCCUCUCAUCCGACUCGCGUCCAAGCCAUUGCUGAUUUUCCACCACCCGCAAACCGGAAGUAACUUCUCGUUAUGGUCAACUGUUAUCCCCCACUGCUCCAGACAUCUUCCUCGUCCAGAUAUAUAUGGUCUCCUGAGUGCCAAGAGGCAUUUGAAUUCUUUAAAUCGGCGCGUUGGUUAAUAACUAACAAUUAUUCACCGAAGGCAAGGUGAUUAUCGGUGAAUAAAAACCGAGAGAUAAGUCUAGAUCUUUAUUUACGAUAAUCACAGAGCUUGGUGUUUUAUUCAUGAUAAUCACCGAGCGAGAGAUCAAACACAUAGCCUUGUGGGACGCCGUAAUUAGUCGGUAACAGUUGAGAUUGGACACCAUUAUACAUGACAUAUUGUUGCUUGGCAGUUAGAUAUGAGCAGAUCUAAUAAGCCUUUCUUACGAAGGCCAAAAUCCGCUAUUUUGGGGGUACUAUCUGCCCUGGUGAAAGAUUCUAGACAAUUCAAACAACGUGAAGUUAAAAGUUGUAACUGUAAGCUUACCAUUAUACAAACAACUACAAUACUAAAAAGUUGUAUUUCGUGGUGUGGAGAUUCUCAAACGUGGGAGAGGCAGUACCCCAAACAUAAUGGAAAAAUCGGUCGUUAGAAAGGCUAAUUACUCUCGAUUUACCCAAACCCAUAUUUCAAUAAUCUUUCCAGGAGAAUAGAAAGAACAAUAAUAUCGAUUAUCGAACGCCUUCCGCAGAUCGAUAAAGGUAGCCACUGAAUAUUGUUUUUGAUCCACAGCCAGUUUCAGGAAAUUUAUGACUUGAAUUAAAGCUGUCACCGUCGAGCUGUGUUUUUUGUACGCGUACCCAACUGGGUUCGAAGAAAGUUAGGAAUUGCUGGUCAUGUUCAUUCAUCUGGUUAUUUACACACGAUUUACAUACUGUAUCUUGGAUAAGCGGGGUAAAAUUAAUAUCGGUCUGUAAUUAUCUCUUACGCUCGUAGAUAUACCGCUGGAGGGGGCUGACAUUCUCACUCUACUCUGUGACAUAUCCCAAGGCAAGGCCCGGCCUAUUGUCCCUGUGCCCUUUCAUCGAGAGGUAUUUCAUAUCAUCUAUAAUCUACCUCACCCAGGAGCACGGAUCACGUGUAAUCUUAUCCGGGCACGUUUUGUGUGGAAUAGGCUAAUUCGAGAUGUUCGUCGAUGGACACAAACUUGUAUGUCGUGCCACAGCCAAAAUUCAACGCCACACCACUGUCCCCCUACAGAGAUUUGACCUUCCAGAUGGUCGUUUCGAGGACAUUCAUGUUGACAUCGUUGGCCCACUGCCGCAGUCCCAUGGGUUCCCAACAUUCUUUUGGACUGAAGCGAUAUACCCAUUGCGCCCGAGCCCUGGUGGCUGGUUGGAUCUCGCGAUUUGGCAUUCCGAACACCAUUAUGUCCGAUCAUGAUGUUCAUGACAAUUUUUGUCAUCACUGAUGAAUUUCCUAGACAUUAAGCGUCACGGCACCACUGCGUACCAUCCCCAAUCGAACGGCAUUAUUGAUCGCUUCCACCGACAAUUGAAAUCAUCGCUCAUGACAGAUUUAAACGGUCCGUAUUGGCACGACGAAUUGUCGAUUGUGAUGCUCGGGAUAAGGAUGUCCUUGAAAGAUGACCUUGGAUGAACUUCCGCCAGAUUGGUCUAUGGAACAACCGUACGGCUUUCUGGAGAAUUUUCCACCAUACUAACAAUGCUUCUCUAGAUCCAACGUUGUUCCUUGGCCCCUUGAGAGAUGCAAUGAAUAAACAACACCCAGUUCUAACGCAACAUCACGGCGUUCCACCCUAAGUAUGUUUUCCUCCGUCAUGAUGCAGACAAAGCACCCUUGCAACGACCUUAUGAUGGACCAUUCCUGGUCGCCAAAAGGCGCGAAAAAUAUUUUACCGUUAACAGGAAUGGACACAGUGUCGCUCGACCGUCUUAAGCCUCCACUCAUAGACCCACGCGAAGUGAGCGACCGCCUAAGCAGUUCACCUCCUUCAAUAGUCUCAAUUCCUGUGCUACGUCCGGUGCCGUUGCCGUGCAGACUAACACUGAGCUGACUGGAUUGACAUUAGUAUGUUAAUUUAUGUUGUGUUAAGUUCUUUGUAGGUUCCUUUGGCGAUAAUUAAAACGUAUAAUACUUUUGUUCGCGGAAGCACCACGUAAAUUUAUUACUGCAAAGCUUUCGAUCCGUUUUGUGUGAAGCCGGACCAAUGUAUGGUAGACAAACAGAGAACUGAUAUUCAAUCUUCUGCUGUACACUUUGUGGUGGUUGCAUAGCAUUAUCUAUGAAAUGCCGGGGAUAACCAUUCAUUUUUUUAUGUUCCAAUUCAUCGUUAAUGUUACUUACCUGACAAAUUGUUUUCGCUCGCUUGAUAGUAUUAAAAUCUCCGUGUGUAAGACACUUAGGAUGAUGAAAAUACGAAAUGAAUUAUAAUGCAGAUACCUGUCUGUGUCAGUGUGUGUUGGUUUCCUAUAAAUCUUAUGUCCUAACGACCCAUCCAUCACAAUCGAAAAAAAUAAAAUAAAAUGGGACGUAGCAACCAUUCGUAUAAAAUGGGAUCGUUCGUGUAAAAUGGUUUAUACAUUCAUAUAAAAUGGUAAAUACAUAUAAAAUGGUUUAUACAUUUGUACAUUUAUAAUACGUUUUAUACAUUUGUACAUAUAUAUUUGUAUUUGUUUUAUACAUUUGUACUUGUUUAUACAUUUUACGUACAUUUAAAAAAUGGGAUCAUUCGUAUAAAAUGUUUUAUACAUUAAUUCCUAUCAGUAAUAGGGCCUAUAAAACCUUCGUAUAAAAUGGGACGAAGCAACCAUUUUGGCGAUUGCUAGUUAUAUGUUCCCUCGCAAAAUGAGAGAGUUUAUAAUUGAAAUCGAGAAGCUAUUAUACUAGAAUACUAUUCAUUAGGCGUUUUGUUAAAUUUUCGGGUGUUGGAGGAGUAAAUAUUAUACGAACAUGGUAUGUAAAAUAUUUUAUGUUUACGACAUAUAUAAAAUAGGCUUACCACACAUGUCUACACAACCGCACCUGUUGGUCAAUUCGUCGAACUAAUCAGUCUUUAUUCUUUAAUGACCACUACUUUUCUCCCAAAUCUUUCUUCAUCUCUUUCCCAAGUGCCUUAAGAUGUUUCAAAGCUCUCGUGGCUGUUUCUGUUGAUAUUUCUACUUUAAUACGUUAAAAGUUGUUUCCUUAAAAUCUGCAAACAUGGCGAGGAGCCAUAUUGUUUUGGUCAUGUUUCCACAUUUCGUAUCCGUACUUCCCCAACAUGACGUCAUAAUAUUUAAUACGAUUUUUUUCAUAUUCAACGCUAUGACAUCACUGCGUUGAAUAUUAGGUUAAAACUCCAUAUUUGAUCACCUAUUGCGUAUAGUGAAUCCGAAACAUUAAUAAAUUAUAAUUAUAAUUAUUAGCUAACACUGAACGCAGACUCGCGUUGAUGCAACUCAUGUUACCAUGACAACACGAUAUUUUUAAAUAUAAAUUUUUGUACAAAAGUACAAAAUAUUUGAAAGAUAUGUACUUUUAUCUUUUCAACAAUAAAUUUUCGAAAUACUCAUCGUAGGUUUAUUAUUUUUCAUUUUGUGAGCUUUGAUUUAACGUAAAAUUUAUAAUGGUAAUUGAACUGAGUGGAGUGCAAUUUCGACUGAAAUCAAACUCGUGAUUACAAAAUCGCACGACCGCAAAGCGGGAGUGCGAUUUGUAAUCACAAGUUUGAUUUCAGUCCAAAAUUACACGACACGAAGUUCAAUUUCCACUUUAUUAUAAUCAUUUUGAAAUCUUAAUUAAACUUUUUGUAAACCGGAAACGUUUUUGUUUGCAAAAGACACACCUCCAGUACCUCCCUGAGUGCUGUAGCAUAGCAACAAUAAGCGAACAAUAAUAGUUUUGUAAGUUUUGUUUAUAAAUACGUUCGAAUACUGAAAGAAAUGAAGACAUUUAUACAUAAUAAGAGACAACACAAGUAAGUUUAAACAUAUUGUAGGUCUUACGAGUGAUUGAAAGAGUUUUGGUGCGUUGUGUGCGCUUAAAAUUGGAAAUACGAUAGGCGAAUUUACCUUUGUUUUCCCGUAGUCGUGUCUGUCCUGACGCUUUAAAUUUGCUUUUGUUGGCAGUUUUGCCAGUUACUAUUUGUGAAAUUUCAAAAAAUUAAAAUUCUUUGCAAUUCUGUGAUAGUUUACUGUAGCUGUCCGUAUUUUUUUGUUUUUAUGUGCAAACAAAUUGCUUAGGCACUCAAGAGUAAUCAUGACAUGUAAAUUAUUUGUUUUUGCUCAUUUGCCAUAUCACAUUUUUCUUAAAACUCAUUGGCUGUUUGAAUCCUAUGAUUAAAUAUGAUUGGAUGGCUGAAGUCAGCACUCUAAUGUGAUUGGUUGAAAGGUGCGAUUUCAGCACGAAUCGCACUGCUAGGAGUGCGAUUCGUGCUGAAAUCGCACUCCUGUGAACCAAACAGAUUGCGGGAAACACCAUUGAUUUCAAAAUAAAUAUAAUAAAAUCUGAAAUUACGCUUCGUGAAAUGUUUUGACUUUCUUUUACAUUUUACUUUUUUUCUUAAAUUAAAAAGGGUUACUAAAAGAAAACUUACAGCUUCGAAUUCAUUCAAAAGGAAAUCAUUAAUGAACACUAAAAAUUCAAACUUUCCCUGCACGAUUAUAUUAAUAUUUCCCAUAGUAAUAAAAUCAAUUCUAAUUUCUUGCAAACAAAACUUGCUCCGAAGCUGAUUGUAUGAAACGAUUUUUGAAAUAUAUGUUUUUGAGAAUUGAAAUCUUGCUUAUCCCACUCCAGGCAAACAUCCAUUUUUUCUAGAUCAGCGAGGAGGUAAACCCAACCAAUGAAACCUUGUAUCAUGGUCACGUUCCCACGAUUAUUGACGAACAUUAGACUUCGAGGAUCAGUUAUAGUACAGCAAAGCUCUGGAAUACUGUACCGCAAGAAUGCCGCAUCAUAAAUUUUUUGUAAUUGUGUUAAUUUUCGAUACUAGCCUGUCCCAACUCCCAAUAUUUCUCUUCUUUAUUGUUUAUAUUUGUAAUAUAUCAAUGUUUAACUUGUAUAUAUUUCUUUAAUUACUUGAAAACGCCCCCCCCCCCUUUGCAAAUCAACAGUUAGUGGAGGGUUUAGCGUGGGUAAUUACAGAUUUAAUAAUAACUAGUAAUAUAAGUCAUUGAGGUUGGAAAAUUAUACGUUGCGACGUUACCCAUGCAGAUAAUUAAACAGAUUUAAACUAGAAAUACAUGCAUGCAAUAACCCCUCGCCUGUUUUCAAAAGAUGUAUACUCAGUGCCGUUGCUAGCACUUCGUCUCAGGGGGUGUGUGAGGUUAGAUAGAGGGGGGGGGGUGGUUACCAAAAUGUUUCCAGAUGUACAAAAAAUUUUCAGGACAUAUAAUAAUUUUUCCGAAAAUACAGUUGUUUUCCAAAUUCACUCAGUCCAGAGAAUUACCUGAAUUCCCCUGAAAAUCUUCUGCAAAUCUACUUAAAUUUACCUAAAAGUGCACUGGAAAUCUACCUGAAAUUCCUCAUGAGCAAUUAUCAGGGGUGUUGCACCGCCCCCCCCCCCCAGUGAGUUUCAAGCAAACACUCUCUGAUUUAUUGUUCAUGUAUUUCACCUCCCAAAAUAUUGUGCAUCAUACUCUAGAGCAUUUUGCUGUUGUCAUGCUCUAGCGUGGUUCAAAUUUAUGAAUUUUUAUUAUAUAAAGUAUAGUGUUUUACAGAGAUUUCGAGCACUGAUAAAAUGAUAAUCUCACAUGUGAAAUUAUUCAUGAUAAACUCACAUGUGAAAAUUAUCGCUUUCAAAGACUGUCCUUUAUAUAAUAAACAGAAAAAUACAUGGGUGCUUGGAAAUACCAGAUUUAUUUCUCGUUUUGACAUGACAUCUCACUCGUUCUCUGCGCUCACUUGUGAGAUAUCAUGUUCAACACUCGAAAUAAAUGUGGUAUUUCCGCUCACCCAUGUAUUAUUCCCUAUUUAAACUACACCUUGACUGGUUUAAAUUAUUAUCAAGUUAUCAGUGAUUGUAAAAGUUGCAGAUAGAAGUGUUUUGUUUUAUAUUAUUAUUAAGUUAUCAGUGAUCGCAAAACCUCCAAAAUCCUUAAUUUCAAAUGCCCCGCCGGGGUUAAGGUUCGAGUGGAAAUGCCCAACCCCCGGGAUGUGCUUUACAGGAAAAUGGCUGGGCGAGGGGGGUGGGCACACUUGGAUUUGGCUGAUGCAUGAAAAGUCAUGGAGAAAGAAAAACUUUUCAUAUUGCUACUAUAAAAUGGCUUAUUGUUAUUCCUGUGCUUAUUCCAGACUGCUUGUCAAAUAUUUAUAUCCUUGCUAGAAGUAGAAAUUUACUCUGACCACUGGGUGAAGAAGACAUUAAAUAAGUACUGGGCAAUAAACAGAAAUGUAUUUAAUUUCAUGGUAUUACAAUUUUAUUUUUAUACUAUAAAAAUAAAAUAUAAACAUGCAGCAUAGAAUAUGCAAAUUCGAGGCAAAAUUAUAGUUGAAUCAGUUUAUUUAUAGGAUUUUAUAACAAAUAGCAACUAUAAAAGUUUAUACCUUGACUUCACAUCGCUUUAUUCUGUUAGCCAAUGCUUUUAAAUUUACAUAUUUUAGAAUCAGUUCCUUUCCUGGUAACUGCAUUUCUAAACGAAAUCAUCGUGAGUAGUAAGUGCUGAGCAGGCCGUUUAAACAAAUUUUAGGAAUUGAUAACAACUUUGAAAAAUAUAUCGUUGCACAUUCGGUCACAGUCGGAAAAAUGUUCAUGGUACUGUAUGUUGUACCGCCGCUUGCAACUAACGAUGAACAGUCGCUCAUAAAGACAUUCGCGUGAUUAGAAUCUUCAAUGUUUGUCAAGAACAACAACACUUAAUUGUUGUUUCCCAUGUGUACAAUAAUAAGUAACAAAACUUUGUGUGGUCUGAACGUGUUGGGCUAGAGACCUACUGGAAACCUUUACAGGCUUUUUAAUUAGAAUAGAGAAUGUUUUAUAUGCAACUGUUCACCCUUAGUUGCAACCGACGGUAUUUGACAGCAUAAAAUUGCCUGUGGCUGUGAUAAUUGAUAUAAAUAAAAUACAGUCUGGUUAUACUGACUUGAGCGUGUCAUGACAAACUCUUUAUUGGAAAAUUGUGAAGAAAUAGUCGAAUAUAGAGAGUCGAAUAUCAUACUUCAACUUGUAUAGUUACAGUAUCAUUGGUACAUAGCGUUGUGAAGACAAGCCUUUGCUUAUCUUUCGCUUCAGCAGUCUUUUUUUCCAUGCUUCUCUACGCUUUCCCAGGCGAGCUUCUCUUUCCUCAGCAGUCUCAUCGAGCAAACGUUGUCGUCUCCGCUCCCUCCUUUUCGCUAGACGCUCGGCUUUCUUGUCGUUUCCUUGCCGCUUUUCAUUUGGCUUCAUAUAUUGUCAAUUGGUAUUUGAUACCGUAAUUGUUUUAUUAACUUUUUCAUAGAACAAAUUGCUUUGAAAGCUGUCAAAAUCAAACGUACAAAAUACUGUAGUGCAAAAAGAAAAUUAUUUUCAUGAAGUAUCUGUCAGUUGAAGUCGUCAUUUGUCAUACAACAACAACUUUUAAAUUUGACCAAUCAGUGUUCGCUAUCCAUGCCAGUCCGCCAUAUUUUUUAGAUCAGUGAGGAUGACCACCCACUCAAGAUCGUCGUUCGUUGGUCACACCCGCGAUAAUUGAUGAACUUUAGACUUCGCUAAUGCUUUCGUUUCCCCGGGUGUAAAUAGCCGGGGGGAAUUAGUACCCUCGCACGGCGCUUCGCGCUGUCGGCUCGGGGAUUAAAUGAGCCAAUCUGAAUUGAACAAGUCACAUAUUAUUAGCACUGAUGAAGAUCCGGGCUUACGGAUCGAAAGCUUCGCAGUAAUAAAUUUACGUGGUGUUUCCACAAACGAAAGUGUUAUAGAUUGAAAUUAACUAAACAGACUUAUUAACUGAUCGGUUGUAUAUAAAAAACAAGAUGGCGUCUUGUAGAUUUUCUACAAUUUUGUGUCAAAAGUGAGAUAACUGACGGCGUCAGAAACACGUACAAAUACACUGUGAACUGUACUGUAGAAUUGCCAACCUGUUACUGGCUUUCCAGCUAUUAUUAUUCGACGAAAGUUAAUUCGUUGUUACAAACAUUUUAACCAAGGAACAGCUUCCAUCCUUUUGGGACCGAUGAUUAUAACGGGUCAAUAUCGUCUCGUUUUAAUGUCAAGGUCACCAUAGCCAUAUAUUUGUAACUACUUUUGUAUUUGUAGAUAAAUUUGAAGAAGGUGUAAAACACCUAAAAGAAGGCAAUCCAAAUCUUGCUGAACAAUCACUCAGUCAAGCUGUAAAGAUUCUAUCCGCCUCGGCAAAUUCCUCGCACUUCAACAAAGAGAAAGCGACAUGUUUUCACACCAUGGCAGAGAUAUAUUUAACCCGAGCCCCUCAACAAUUAGAUGACGAUGGUUUUUGUGAAAUGGUGGUGAAAAGCAUCGCUCUUUUUGAGGCUGAGCGAACUUACAAGUAUAGCGGUUACAAAGAAGACGAGGAAAUCAACGCAGCCAUCUUAGACGCAGAAGAAAUGCUUAUUGAUAGAUUAUUCGGGUCCAGUGGCGUUGAACGCUUUAAGGAAAUGAGCGACAAAAGAUUACUGAAUCGCGAAAAAUUGGAAGAAAUUCGUUCAAGAGUCGGUAAUGAAUAUUUUCCCACGCUGACCAAAAUUCCAGAUUGGAACUCAGAAGACGAAGAAAAAAGAUGCCACGAAAUUGAAAGUAUGUAUAAACAAAUUCACGAUGAAAUGAAGUGCUUCCUGGCUGAAAUUUUUGUUUGUUGUAAUCAAGUUGCAGGUCCAGCGCCCUGCAAUUUCUCCAUCAUUGGUUUAGGAUCUAUAUCUAGGCAAGAAGUUACUCCGUAUUCAGAUUUAGAAUUUUCAAUUCUGGUUGAAGACAACACCAAGAAUCCAUCACGAGAACAACGCCAGUAUUUCCGAUCCCUGACUUACUUUAUUCAAGUUGAAAUGAUUAAAUUAGGGGAAACCAUUUUGCCAAGUGUUGGCAUUUCCAGUUUAAAUAAUUUCUACAGCAAAAAUAAGGAAGAUGAUUGGUUUUACGAUGAUGUCAUUCCCAAGGGACUUUCGUUCGACGGUAUGAUGCCAUGGGCGUCCAAGACACCUCUUGGAAGAAAAGAAUGGCGCGGCCUACCUCGACAAGAAUACAUCAUGACUGUUGAUGAAAUGCUGAAGCUUCAAGACGUCGACCCUGACUCUUCUAUCGAGAGUCUGAAAACUGCAAACGUAUUCAGCAGCACGUGUCAUCUGUUUGGCGAUAAGAAAUUAACGAGCACAUACGAAAAACGAUUGUCAGCCUUCCUCACUCAUACUAGCAGAAUGAAAAGUUUCCAAGAACAAGUCUUAAGGAUUAUGCAAAGUUUAUUGGAGACCUACCGUCUCGAAGGAGUGGCUAUAAAAGAUUUUGGAAGACAACAAGACGUAAAACAAGAGGUGUAUAGAUUGACAAGUCUUCUGGUUGAACAGUUAUCGAAAUAUUUUGGAAUUUUCGGACAAAGUUCGUGGCAAUCUAUCCAAGAACUGGGUAAGAAGAACAUACUCACUGCGGAUGGGGCCAAAAAUUUGCUUGCAGCGCUGAGUAUCACAACUGAACUUCGAUUGAAGUGUUACCAAAAUCAAGGUAGGCAGAAGGAGGCACUACCUAUUGUCCCACAAGUGUCAUUUUCCGAAGAGGAAAAUACCCCAUGUCCGUUUACGACAGCUAUCAUUCGCCUUUAUCAGAGUCUUAUACCGUUGAAAUCAGUCGUGUCCCAAAUCCUUAAAGAAGUCGAGAACCAAGAUACUUCUAUUGGGCCUGAACAGUUGGUUGUUGCAGUGCUUCAGCAAGUAAAUUUUAAGGAUAUUUCGCCAACCAUAAUUGCCUCGGCGUACUUACGUAUUCUACAGCUUCCCAAAGCGUUCGUUUGUUUACUUUCCGCCAAAGAUGUCGAAAUGGACAAUGCCAGAAGGGUUGAAAUAUUUCUCGUGUUGGCGUAUUGUUACCGUAUGGUUGGCAAGUUUCAAGAAGCAUUUGAGUAUUGCCGUGAGGUGCAAACCUUGUACGAAGCGGCGCCAGAUGUUGCUGAAAGAAAUUAUUUAUUGACUGCGAUGAACGUCAUGAUGGAUGUCUAUGUUGAUCAAGGUCUGUACCAAGAAGCUGUAAAAAUGCACGAACAAAUCCAGCAGUUACAAGACAGACAAGAUUUGAAGGAGAAUUUCUCUAAAAAAAAGUUGGAUGUCCUUAACAGCAGCGCUGUUCUUUUCAUGAAAAUGAAGCAGUACAAUAAAGCUGAAGCCAUACUUAGAAGCAUUAUUGAGAAGUUACGGAACCAACGGAGGCAGUAUUUUAACUAUUUUAUGUGCUUAAACAACCUUGCUGUCAUUCUACUAAACGAGGAUAGGCUUACAGAAGCAAAAGCUAUAUUGAGCAAUGCUUUAGAGGUUGCCAGUGAGCUUUAUGGGGAAAAUGCUGUCCAUCCCUAUUUUGCUCGCUGCUUAACUAACUUGAGCGAAGUUCAUUAUUAUCUUCAGGAUAUAGAAAAAGCGGAUAGUUUGCUUCAGUUGGCACUAAUAAUUUAUUCUCAUAUUCACGACCACCAGUUAAUCGAACCGAGUAUUAUCGAUGCACUAAUUACCAAAGCAAGAAUAUAUCAGUUUUAUGAGCAGUGGGAUGAAAUGUUCAAUUCUCUGAACAGGGCGAAAGAAAUUGCUGAGAUUUUGUACAGAGGCUACACUCACCCAAAUAUGGCCUCUAUACGUUUUUAUCUUGGCUUUUGUGAAGAAGAGCGUGGAAAGUUCUCCGAAGCCUUAAAUCAUUACCAAGAGUACUUGAAAAUUCACGAAAAUCAAAGAAUCGAAUGUCGACAAAGUGGCCACGAUUGCAACACUGCCUGUGUUCUUAUACGUGUUGCAAACCUUGGAGCACGUUGUUCUUAUGAUGUUUCGUAUCGUCUGACAUGCAUCGAGAAAGCGCUAGAAAUAGAAGAAAAACUCCACGGCAAGGAAUCUAAUCAUGGCCAUUUAGCCAUCUGUUGUGGAACACUCGGAUAUUGUUUAAUAACGGCAAACCGUGAAUCAAUAGGGUUGCAAUACCUCAGCAAAUCCAUGCAAAUGUUCGAAGAGAUUAAUUUGGAUAGCCAUAAAGUCUAUGGUCAUGUACAGCUAACAAUUGGAAGACUUUUAGGAGAACAUUCUCCCAAAAAAGCUGAAAAGCAUUUGAGAACCGCAGAAGCUGUUUUAAUGAAGACAUUGAAGGAUAACAGUCAUAUCGCGCUACUGCAGAUUAAUUCUUCCCUGCUGAAAAUUUUUUUACAGACCAAUAGAAUCCAGGACGGCCUCGCACUUGCUAAACAACAGCGACGCUUGAUUGAUACAAUGUUGUCUAAAUCCAGUGCUCCUAACGCUCAACAGCUCUGCCAAAUGUUCCAUCUUGCUGCGUUUUAUGAAGCCUGUGGAAGACGAAAUACUGCAAAAGAGAUGUACAUUGACUUGAUCAGGCGUCUAGAAGAACAGGUCGAUCCGACUGAUUCAGUGAAAGAUUAUUUAAUGCUUCUGCUGUGGAUGACACAACAAAGAAUCGGUGAAAUUUAUCAAGCUAAUGGAAUGUUCCGUGAUGCAGAAGCCAUGUUCCAGCGUAUUGCCUCGUUAAUACAAAAGACAAUUUCACGGCGACCAUUUGUCAAAGAAGCUCACCAUAUCACUCUGUGGCAAAUGGCAUCCAUUUUCACGGAUACUGGUAGAUGUUUACAAGCGUAUGAACUGCUCGACAAUCUUAUCAACAUCUAUGAGAAAGACCCGAAAUCCAUCCAUGCCAAUACAGCUUCGGCCGCUUUUUUCACGCGUGGCGAACUAAAUCGCCGAUGCUCCCAUUUCCACUUUGCUUUGCUAGACCUGAAGAAAGCUUUGAAAAUAGCUGAACAGUUCCGAGCAACGAUGAUUCGCAAAGAUGUGUUGACAAAAGCAAAUGAAAUUUAUUACGCAAAAAUCAUGAACGCUAUUGGAUUAGUUCAUGAGCAAACGGACAAUCUGAAAUGUGCGCUCGAAUACUAUCUUUGCUGCGUAAAUACCGUCGAGGGAAUACCACCGACCAUGGAUACAGCCACUUUUCAUCAAAAUGUGGCGGACACUCUGAAAAAGUUGGGACGACUGGACGACGCCCUGGUGCAUUACGAGAAAUCCUUGGCAAUCAGGGAAAUGCUGCAUUCAGAGGAUCCAGUCAGGGAAGAUAUUGCCACGUUACUUUACCACAUCGCUAUCGUUCAGUACACUAAUGAAAGGCCAAAGGACGCUUCUGAAACGUUGAAUAAGCUCUUACCCUUAAGAAAAAGACUUCUGAAGAAAGGUACACAUGGUUCCUUGCAAAAUUAUUGCGCUGCUUACAUUCUAAAAGGCAACUGUCAUAUUGUGCAACCAGAUGAAGCUCAGCAAGCAAAAGAUGCCUAUGAAGAAGCAGAGAAAGUUUUAAAACGGAUGACGGAAGGACAACCAAACGUGGAUUACGCUGUAGUUGUUAGCAAUAUAGGUAUGAUAUACAUACAUUUCAUUAAUUUCACAAACUCGACCUUUAUAUGUGUACUUGAUGUAAUAUAUGAACAACGAGAGCGAGUGUUUCACCGGGAUAUCCAAACACGAGAAAACAAUGUAUGAGAACACGAGCGCGAAGCGCGAGUGUUUUCAUACAUUGUUUUCGAGUGUUUGGAUAUCCCGGUGAGACACGAGCUCGAGUUGUUUAUAUGGCUUCUCAAAUGAAUCGAGAUGUUUUCGUUUGCUGAUUUGAAUAGAAUUCUUAACCAAGCAUAACGUAAUUAGAAAUUCUAUUCAAGUAAUUUUGCAUGCGUAAUUAAGAUAUUUGAUGAAAACACUAGUGACUUUCAUCAAGUAUCCAAAUGGCAUCUUGUGAUCAAAUAGGUGAUUAAUUAUCAUUGGCUAUUUACUCAUGAAUUAUUAAUGAAUUUGAGAAGUAUCAAAGGAACUUUCAAAAGCGUAAUGCAAAAUAAUUUUUCUGGCAGAAACUUCUUCUUGAUAUGGAUUUAUCAACCACCAAAUUGACGUGACAUGACUUUAUUUUAAGAGUUUCUGGCGACCAAACUUCUCUAUAGUUACAAUGUCAUUUUCAUAUCCAAUAAAUUCUGCAGAUGGAGGUUUUGCCUGAAAAGUUAUUUUGAAUUUUAAUCCAUGCAAAUAUUGCAAAAAUAUGAAAAAAUUCCUGACCUUGGUAUAAGCAUUUUGCGAAGUUCAUCAGGAAAGCAUAAAGUUACAAUACUUUUUGUUCACAAGAUAUAAUUUCAUUUGUCAUUUAACUUACACGACUUUAAUUUUCAAAAAUACUCAUUAUUGAAGGCUUAUAAGCGGAGGACCGGGCCCCGUACGGAAAUGAGUUUUUCGGAGACUGAUUGAGGAAUGGUAGCUUAUUAAAGGUUUUCUAAUUAAGCGAGGUUAUAGUUAUGAUUUUAUUGUUAAUAGACUUAUGCAUAAUGACAUCACAAGGCUUGAUGCCCGCGAGGAAUGCUGGUCUUAGUAGUCAUCGCCUGGAAAAAUUAAACAAUUCAAAAUGGCCACUAUCGAAAUUUUUUAUAGAAAUAAUUUUGCCAUAUAUGUGCACUUAAAUUUAAUCGUAUCUUUAAUAUCUCUUUGUAGGAUAUGCUUGUCUAUUGUUAAAGGAGUGGGAGCAAGCAAUACCAAAACUGCAAAAAGCACUUGAACUGAAGAGAGUUAUUAGGCCUACUUUGGGGGCCAAGGUCGCCGUUAUUAUGUGCAACAUUGUGCGACAUUAGGUGACAUUGGCAAUUUUCAAAGAAAAGUAGUGUGCGACGCUGGGCGAAACUGGGCGACAUUAGGCGACAUUGGACAAAACUGAACAGCAAUAUCCAGAUAAUGUCAAAUAUUAUAAUUCACAAAUUAUGCAUCUACAUAAAAAAUACACAGUAAAUAUCAAAAUAUAAUUUAGUUAUCAAAAAUUGGUUCCUGUGGCAAAGAACACAAUUAGUUUAUUACAUUUCUCUAACUGCUAGCCUGACAAUUUAUUCAAGUUUAGACAAGUUUAUUCCGUAGUACACAUACAUGCCCAGUGCAUGGUACAUUUACAGUAUCAUGGAACUCUGACUUCUUAUUAAAUUGACUGGUGUAAACACCUCAUAGAGUUUUAAAACCUGUUUAUGGACUGUGGUAUGCAGUGAUAGAAGUGGGCAAGGUGCUAAUAAAUUUGCUCGCUUAAAUGUAAGCCAAUAAGCUUGUGUUUUAACCAAUCAUAUUAACUUUAAACGUUAGUUGAGAGGCUUUCAACAGUUGCAAACUUUUUAUUAGUAUAGUUCUCUUGUAGUUACAGUAUAAAUUAUAAAGUUAAUAUGUUCAACUGUACUGUGUACGUACAUUGCUACAUCGUGGUGUUUGGUAUUGGGUUUUUUAUUAGUAAGUAAGUAAAUCACAAAAUAACGAUGAAGGUACCUUGUUUGAUGUAUUUCCAGCAAGAAUCAGAUAUAAAUUAAUAAAUAGAAACAAGAAUUGAAUUCACAAAAGUUUAUAUUCGUGUAUUCGUUAAUGAUUUGAGCCCGCAAUACCACGGCACGUCUAAUUUAAUGGUUUAGGUUCUAACUUGUACUACUUCGUGUAAGGAAACAUAAUAAUUGAUUAUGGCGGGCCUUGGCGACAUUUUAUAAUAACCUGUACCGUAGAUCUUUCUGUGGUGCAUUCAUUGCUCUGUAUCUUUUGCGAUGAUACCUAAUUAUGAGAUGUCGAUCAUCGUAGCUUCGUCGAAAAGUAAGUAAUUUUAUUUUACAAACUACAAAGUCGUAUUUUGAACAUACUAUAGAUGACUUUCUUUAUUUAUAGUCUAUAUUAUUAUGUACUAUUUAAAACACGAGUAGGAGUGUUUUAUCAGAUAUAAAAUGCGAGGCGCAGUCGAGCGUUUUAUAUCUGAUAAAACACGACAACGAGUGUUUUGAAUAGCUUAAAAUACGACUACAAAAGAAUACUAAUUAGGAUGAACCAUUAUAUAAUAAUGCUAAUUAGGAUGAACAAUUAUACAAUGCCACAUGUGUUUUAUCAGAUAUAAAGUCACUCCACGUGACAUAUUAUGGCUGACAUGAUUUGCCACAAGGUUAUGAAUUAUUAAUGAGUAUUUUAAAUAGUACAUAUAUAACUACAGACGGUACUGUUUUCGGCCUUUAGGAUACUUAGUGUACUUCACUAGGCUAGUGAGAGGUAUUCUGUACUUUAGCACUCGCCAGUUAUCAUGAAUGUAUCUUUGAUAAUAAGAUCUAGGUUUGAUUUCAUAUACAACAUUUAAUGGCGUGUGAUUGUCUAAUUUGACUGAGUUUCACAAAGAAACACAUUGGAGAAGAUAGCCAGAAGGCUGCCUUAACAACAUAAUUUAGGUAAUUCUCAUUGGAAUAAUGCGUUGUAAUUCCAUAUACAUAUAAACGCCAAAUAACCAAGCCUCAUUAGUACUGGUGAGAGAUGGUGCCCUAACAGCACAAUGCCCUUGGUGUUUGUGUACAUGUAUUUAUAAAAAAAAAACAUGCAGGAAACUAACAAAUAAAUAAGGAAUAGACUCUGACUAGAAUAGACAACAAACUCAAAGUGCAAAAUUGGGCAUGCUUGUGCGAGAUUAUGCGACAUUAGGCGACAUUAGGCGAAAUUAGGCGACAUUAAGCGAAUAGACUGUUAGGUAAAGUUCAAAAAUCGGGUGCACAUUGGCGAAAUUAGGCGACAUUAGGCGAAAUUAGGCGACCUUGGCCCCCAAAGUAGGCCUGUUAUUUAUCCAGAAAAAGCAGCGCCAGAGGUGGCCUUGGCUUGCAGAUUGCUCGCUACAGCCCUCCUUAAACAUGAGGAAUACGAGAAGGCGUUGCCGUACUUCCAGAAAGCGUUGAAAAUUUUUGAAAUUAACCAGUCAACAGAUGAUGAAACGGAAUGUAUUCUUAAUAUUGCUCUAUGUUACAAAGGCUUGCAGAAUAUUGAUAGUGCAUUGGAUGCCUUUAGAAAAACGGAGGAAUUGUGUGUCGAAAAAUCGAUGAGUGACAGCAUGCGGCUGAGUAUUCACAUGAUAAUGGCUGACAUCUUCACUGAGGAAGAAUAUGAAGAUAGAUCUAGGGUAUUGCAUCACCUUAAUGAAGCCGAAGCUAUCCUACAGCGAAUCGAACGAUCAGAAACGGACGAAGAAGAUCUAACGGAACUACAAGCAAAGAUUUUAAGCCUGGAAAUUACAUAA